UCCGUGUGUUUCCUGUCUUAAGUGAGAGGUUUAGUGCUGAGUUGUGAGGAUGUAAAACACAUCAUACUGCAAACAUGAGUUGGUACUCCAUUGUUUAAUAUGCUGGUGUGCUUGGGAGUUUAUGUAUCUCACUCCUGAAGGUUUAUUAGCUACGGUGGGCUGCCAUUAUGGUGCUGUGGUCCUAAGGUUUAGGGUACAGUAAUGGCAGGUAUAUGGUUAAAGGCCUGGACACUGUAUCUUAUACUGGCACUUGGUGCUUCAGACCCACCACCAGUACCUCAAGAGAAACUUUAUGACUUCAAAAGGAACCUCUUGGGUUUGGAUAAAUGCAAUGCCUGCAUCGGAACUUCCAUUUGCAAGAAGUUUUUCAAGGAUGAAAUAAGGUUUGAAAGAUGGCUGACAGCGCCGCCUAAUCUAUCUACAGCAGAUGAGCGGUCAUACGAGGCAAACUACACGGACAGCACGGCAGGCUGGAGGACGGUGGUGGUGUCUCACUUAAUGUCUUCUCACCUGCAGCAGAGAUCAGACAAUAGCAUUUGCAGCUCAGCAGGCAAAGGGAAAUCCUGUAGCAUUGAAGCCGUCCUCAGGGCCACUCCACGCUUCCAACGUUGGGUUCAUUCCAACCUGCUGCUUCCCAGCAUGGUGAAGGGUCUGGCCACCCCAAUGCUGCGCUGUCCAUCACAAAGGCUGCUGGACCGCAUUGUACGACGCUACUUUGAAGUGAUUGAUGUGGGCAGUGUGCAGAUGAAGCACUUCACUGAAAAGGACAAACUUAGACUUCUUUAUACCCUGGCUGUCAAUCAACAGGCCCUCAUCCUACAGAUGUUUCCAGGCACGGAGGGUUGGCCCUUCCUGCGCUAUCAUGGCUCCUGUGGAAGGGUGAUGGUGUGGGCAGGGAGCACACCCAUAAGGAGCCUGUUCUCCUCUCUACUGGAACUGCGAGCUGACGUAGCAUACCAGCUUCUUCACAUCACCCAAAGUCUGAGCUCCAACAGCCUUCAGUUCAACCUCUUCUACACCAAUGUCACAGAGGACAUGUUUGGGACUUUGGAAGACGGCAGGGUCUUCAUCGUUGACACCGGUACCAUAGGGAUCAUCGAUUUAAAGGAAGGAUAUCCUCCUGAUGAACGCUUGCAAACCAAACACAUUGAUGUCUUCUCCUGUCUAACUGGAUCUUGUGAGCAACCUCCACCGUGCGAGACUGUCCGAGCGGCACAGAGUUUUAUCCUGCUCUGUAAACAUGUCCUCCACAACCUGCUCGGUCCUAAUGAUGUACGGUCUCAUCAGCUUCCCAGAGCAGCACUCAAGGAGCUCACAAUCUGCUCGGACCAAUCUCAGUCUGACCGGAGAAUAAUGGAUGCCGUCCAAGCCCUGAAAAACAUUUUACAGUCCCUAAGACCAUGCAGUCCUCUCUAUGGAUACAGGUACCCUGAAUGCCUCUAUAGUGACAAAUUCUAGACCUAUACAACCGUUGACUUAAAAAGCUUUUAAGAAAAAAAUGAUUGAGUUUCAGAAAGAGCAGCGGAGAGGUCUAAAAAUGGUCAUGGACAUUUAAAGGUGCACUGUGGGACUUUUAAAAGGAUCUCUUUGAUAGAAAUGCAAUAUAACUAAAUUAAAGGAAUAGUCUACUCAUUUUCAAUAUUAAACUAUGUUAUUACCUUAACUAAGAAUUGUUGAUACAUCCCUCUGUCAUCUGU